AUGAUGCGGUUAACGUGGAGCGCACAGAAACGGCGCGGCGGCGACGGGAGACUGCGGGUGCGGGCGGCGCGGAGGUAUAACGGCGGCAACUCGUCGGCUUGCACCGUCCCAUCUCCUCAGUCCUCACUUCCCUCUGAACUGCGCAUGCUCCGUGAUGCAGACCGAUUGCUCGUAACGAUUGCGAUGCCCGCCGGAGGUACAGACUUGCUGUCUCCGAUGCCACGAGGGAAAUUUGAACUAUGCGCCUAUAUCGAAUAUAGAAUCGAAUGCGUCAUCGUUCACUUCCGUUAA